AUGGCCAUGACUUUCAUGACCGGUCACCUUCGGGUACUACGGGAUCCACUUGAUGAUGCUCAGGAUGGCGUCGAUGUUGUUCUCGUUCCCGGUAUUGGAACUACCUUACCGGAAGAAUGGCCGUUUGCUAAUGAAGAAUGGCUUGCCACUCUACCGGGCCCCAGUGCUGGGACGCGCAUCCUCGCCUAUGAAUAUGCUUCGCCAUUUGCGGCUACCAAGCCUUCGUGGGAGUCAAGCUUGAUGCUAGGUCACGACUUUCUCCAACAGCUAAGUGAUGCGCGAUCAACAUCAGCCCCAUAUGAAACCAUCGACAAACCAGUUUUCAUAGUCUGCCACAGCUUGGGUGGUAUUCUGGUCAAACAAGCAUUGUGCAUCGCUAAUACACAGUUUCUUCGGUAUGGAUCACUUGUCAAUGCUAUAGCUGGCGUUAUCUUCCUCAGCACUCCGCAUCGCUACAGCGACAAGACCACGACCUUUCUGCGGUUUCGAGAUGUUUUCGAAGCAACGACCAAUAAGAGUUUGAGGAUUCCAAGCACCAAUAUUGAGCAAGAAGGUGCCAUCUUGCUUGACCUCGCACAUAGAUUCGAAGGGAUCUCAUUCAGUGCCCCCAUACUAUCCGCGUAUGAACUGAGGGAAUCGAAAACCAGUUCGACCACACUGCACCAGAAAUACCAACAAUUGGUCCCCCGCGAAGCUUGUACAACUCGUGCCCCAAUGGAAACCGUCAUCGGCCUCAAUCUCAAUCAUCACGAUACAUGCCUUUUCACCAAGAGCAUUGGUGGCGAAAGUUUACCAGAGCUUAACAAAUUUCUUUACGAUACAUUGCAUAACGCUGUAUCUCUUUUUGCACUUCGGCUUGAGGAUCAGGAAUUUCAAGACGCAACGACGAGCACUUACUCGCCCACAAUGAGCGAAUUACCACUAAAGAUUGAGCAAUUGGAACUCACGGAAUGGCCUUCGAACAAAGCAACCGAAUGGCCUUCGAAUAUAGCAACGGAGGGAACAUCUCUUUCAGGGUUUGAGUUGGUGCAUCCCUCCACCCCAAAAAUUGAGGUUUCUAAAACCCUCCACUUACCAUGCUUCCUUCUCAACACGCAUUCGGCAAAUGAGGAUUUCUGCGGCCGCGAAGAUAUUUUGGAGCGUCUUGCGACUGAGCUCUUGCCUCCAAAGAACAGGGUCACAGCAUCAAGCACCGCUCUGAGGCAGUUUGCACUUUGCGGAUUCGGAGGCAUUGGAAAGACCGAAAUAGCCCGCGAGUUCGCCCGACGUCACAAAUCUUCCUUUGAUGCAGUAUUCUGGGUCGUGGCGGAUGAGAUUGCGAAACUUGACCAUCAUUACCAGCAAAUGUCCUUGGCACUAGGACUCGAAGAUUCAUCCGAGUGUAAGAGUCAGGUUGUUAGUAGGGAAAUUGUGAAAGGAUGGCUUUCCAAUCCCCGAAAAGAUCUAUCAGGGUCAGAUGGGUUUAUUCAACCGUGCGAAGUUAGAUCAGAGGCAAACUGGUUGCUUAUAUUCGACAACGCAGAUGACCCAAUAAUUUUGGCGGACUACUGGCCCCAAGGUAGUGGGUCGAUUCUUAUCACCAGUCGCGACCCAUUGACGAAGAGCAUGUUUACGAGAAGACCCUCAGGCCUGGAUCUCGGUCCACUUUCACCGGAAGACAGCCUUUCCCUCUUCAAUCAUCUCACUACCGUUUUCAACGAGCUAGAAGUCGAUACAGCGCGACAAAUUUCUGAUGCACUUGGUGGUGUUCCUUUGGCCAUCUCCCAGAUGGCAGGUAUUAUCCGUCGACAAGACCUCACCCUUUCAGAGUUCUUUGAGCUGUAUACGGAUCAUGAAGAACACGCCGGUCUUUAUGAGACAAAGUUCGACACUAAUUUGGUCACAUAUCGUCACUCUCUCUCCACUGUGUGGGCAUUUGGGAAGCUCAAGCCUCAAACUCAACAGCUUCUAGAACUGAUCUCAUUUCUUGAUCCGGAUUCCAUCGGAGAAGAUUUAUUGGAAGCGUCGGUGGAGCUGCUUUCCGAGGGCACGUCGUUCAAGAAAAGUAAUUACAUUGAGGCUCGUACUGAUCUAUUGCAAUCAUCUCUGGUUCAAAGAGAUAAACAAAAGCAGCAAAUAUCAGUCCAUCGCAUCGUACAAGACGUGAUUCUGGCAACAAUGGAUGUUGAGAGGAAACGGUCCAUGUUUGACCAAGUGGUGCGGAUUCUCUGGGCGGACUGGCCAUCGGCUAUGCCUAAGCCAUCAAAGGAACCAGAGCUACCCCAACCCAAAUCCUCUGGCAACAGGUUAUAUGUUGGACGAUGGCCUGCUUGUGCAGCAAUUUACCCCCAUGUUCUGAGGAUGCAUCAGCUGUGGCCAGCUAUAUUAGAUUCCUCGGAGGCUACCAAAUUACUUUUCGCAAAGCUACUGACCGAUGCAGCAUGGUAUCAAAAAGAGCGUGGACGAACAAAGCAAUUCGAUGGCUUCUUUGAAACUGCUCGCAGUAUCUGCGAGUCCUCAACACAUCCAGAUCGGGAUUCUCUGCUUGCAGACAUCCACUUCUGUCUAGGAGCUAUAGCCAUGGAUGCGAGCGAUUUUGAGACAAGUCGCAUUAACAAGGAGCGUUCUCUGGAUCUAGUUUCCAAAAUCUGCAAAGAGCUGGGAACUGCGGACGACAGAUUAUACCUCGCCUAUGCAGAGCGAGGGAUUUCACGCAUUCAGGAUAAGCGGUACGAGGAAGGCGAAGCCGACCUGAAGCGGGCGCUUCAGAUACGCAAAGCUCUGGGUAAUUAUAUUCCCCGGGCAGGCGAGGCCACUCUGGGCUGGAGUCUUCUUGCGCAGGGCAAGCUUGAAGAGUGUGAUACGCUUCUUCUGGAGAGUCUGGCAGGCAGAGAGAAGGCCUUGGGAAAGAAUGAUAGGGAAGAUGUCCGGACCGGACUGAUUCUGUAUGCUAUUGGCAAUCUACGCGCUGUACAAAACCAGUGGGAGGAGAGCUUCGAAUACCACCGCAGAGCUUGGUACCACAUGCGCGAGACGGUCGGUGAGAGGGACUUUUACACUGCAAACAUCACCCAUAAGAUGGCCGAGCACCUGAUCCGCUCGGGCCAGAACGAGGAGGCGAUUACUAGGAUCAACGGCGCGCUGGAAAUUUGGUCAGUUGAUCCAAAUGCGCACAAGAAUGAGAUCGCUCGCACUACUUUCCUCAAGGGAAAGUUGCUGGAGGGGAUGGGCAAGAUGCAAAAAGCUUCCAUUGCCUUCAGAGUUGCUUGUCGCUUGAGGAAGGAGAUUACCAUGGAGGAUCGAGAUUUGAAGAGCUUGAAGAUGAAAGACUUUGAUGAGAUCGUUGCUUUUUGGGCCCGUUAA